AUGAGGGGGCCUUUGGCGGGCUCCGCGCGCCUCCUCGUGCUCGUGGCCUGCGCGUGCAGCAGGGCGCUUUCCUCGGGGGCCCACGAGUGGCGCCACCCGCCUCAGCGGAUAGCUGUGAUUGGUGCUGGCAUUGGGGGCACAUCUGCAGCCUAUUUUCUGCGCCAGAAGUUUGGAAAAGAUGUCCAGAUUGAUGUAUUUGAGAGAGGGGCUGUGGGAGGCCGUCUGGCUACCAUCAACCUGGAAGGAGAAGACUAUGAAGCAGGAGGAUCUGUCAUCCACCCUCUUAACCUGCACAUGAAGCAUUUUGUCAAAGAAUUAGGUCUUUCUGUACCUAAAAGCCAAGGUGGCCUCAUGGGCAUUUACAACGGAGACGAGUUUGUCUUUGAGGAGAGUAGCUGGUAUGUCUGGAAUAUUGUCAAGCUCAUCUGGCGCUAUGGACUGAAUCCGCUGCGAAUGUACAUGUGGGUAGAGGACAUUCUGGACAAGUUUAUGAGGAUCUAUCAGUAUCAGGCUCAUGACUUCGCCUUCAGCACCAGUGAGGAUUUGCUUCAUGCCCUUGGAGGGGCCGAAUUCCUUCAGUUGCUGAAUCAGACCAUUGAUGAAUCCAUGCAAAAGUCUGGCUUUUCUCAGAAGUUCAUCAAUGAGAUGGUAACUGCAGUCAUGAGAGUAAAUUAUGGCCAAGGUACCAAUAUCAAUGGCUUUGUAGGUGCUGUAUCUUUAGCAGGUGCCGAUAGUGGACUUUGGUCAGUAGAAGGGGGCAACAAACUGGUAUGCACUGGCCUUCUGUAUGCUUCUAAAGCACAGCUGAUUUCUGGCGCGGUUAUUUCUAUAGAGGAGAAGAUAAGGCAAAAGGGACGCUCAGGUGGUGGUACUUUGAAGCAGUAUGAAGUGACCUACAAUUCUACAUCAGGAUUAGGGAGAGAUGCAUACGACAUCAUUCUGAUUGCAGCCCCCAUGAACCGUAAGAGUGCCAACAUAGCAUUCCUCAACUUCAGUCCACCCAUUCCUGAGUUCUCCAACCCCUAUCAACAGGCUGUAGCAACAUUUGUCCAUGGUCGCAUCAAUGCCUCUUUCUUUGGCUACCAGGAUCCAUCUGACUUCAAUUUAAAUGGCAUUUUCACAACGGAGAAUCCCAAGUUAUUUAUAGCUAGCAUGGGCAUUGUGUCUCCAGUUAAGGACAGAAAAGCUGCUUUGAACCCAUUACCGGGCCCUCGAGUUUGGAAAAUUUCAUCACUUCAACCUCUCACCAAAGAGCAAAUGAACUUGCUUUUCCUAUCCUAUGAUUCCAAUACAGUAAAAACAUGGCAAGCCUACCCACGCUACAGUCCCCCAGAGAAAUGCCCACCUAUCAUCCUCCACAGGAGAAUGUACUACCUCAACAGCAUAGAAUGGGCUGCCAGCGCCAUGGAAAUGAGUGCCGUUGCUGCCAAAAAUGCUGCUCUGCUGGCUUACCACCACUGGUACGAAAACAUGGACAUGAUUGAUCAGGAAGAUUUGCAUGAAAGACUCAAAACAGAGCUCUGAGUUGGAAUCC